AUGACAUCACUCAACACCAAGAGUGGUACGCCAGUCAUGCCUUUGUUGCUGCGCAGUGACGAUGCAAGUCACACCGACACUCUUGUCGAGGAAGUCUCUUGCUCUCUCGGUCUAGGCCGUGAUAGAAUCGAGAAUAUCCUCCCCAUCACGGCGUUCCAGCAAGAUGUCAUCGACUGCGCUGGUAGUGAAAAGCAACGCUCCAUUGGGCAUGUUGCUUAUGAGAUCAGCAAUGACAUUGACAUCUCAAAGUUGGCUGCUGCUUGGAAAGAUACCAUCCGCCGAACCCCUGCUCUAAGGACCUGUGCCUUUACUUUCUCAAGUGGAGAAACGUAUCAGGUCAUCUUGAAAGACAGCUUUGUCUUCUCAUGGAUGUUUAGUACAUCUGCUGAUCAGAAAGAUGCUGUUGUGAAGGAUGAAGCAGCAGCUGCGGCUUCUGGACCUCGCUGCAACAGAUUCGUUCUUCUUGACGAUCCUAUUGAAAAGAGGAAGAUCCUCAUCUGGACCUUUAGCCAUGCUCUUGUGGAUAUCACGUUUCAAGAACGGAUCCUCGGGCGAGUUCUGAAAGCUUACACCCAUGGGCACGAUGAACUCUCCAACAGACCCUACACGCCCGAGUCUUCUGACCCUGAGGAUGAUGGUCUGUCGUUGACUCCUUCUGAUGGGUCCAAAACUCCUGAAACUGAGGGUCUUCAUCCUGCAACUCAGUAUUGGAAGAAUUACUUGAGUGAUCUAAAUGCUUCGGCGUUUCCGCACUUGACUUGUCCAUUGGCUGUUACCUACCCCAAUGCAAAGUCCGAACAUCGCAUCACUUUCUCGGCCUCAGCUCAAUCAACUUGGCCCAGUGCAGCUAUUUGCCGAACCGCGCUUGCGAUUCUCUUGUCACGUUACACGCAGUCGCAAGAGGCUCUGUUUGGCGUAGUGACAGAGCAACAGCAGCUCUUGGUAAAUGGCCCAACACGGACCGUUGUGCCUUUCCGCGUAUACUGCGCUUCCGAUCAGCCUCUCUCAGAUAUCAUCGGCGCAGUUAAUGCUAACGAUGAUGGCAUCUGCCAGUUUUCAGAUGUCGGUCUUCGCAGCAUCUCUUCCACUGGGGAUGAUGGCGUUGCUGCAUGCGGAUUCCAGACUGUUCUGUUAGUGACCGAGAGCGAGAAUGAGCAAUCCUCCUCUACUUGUGAGAUUCUCCAAAAGACUGGAGAGUCUGAGCUCUUUAUGCCCUGCACCAAUCGCGCUCUGCUACUCCACUGCCAGACGGUCAGUGAUGGACUUUCCAUCAUUGCCAGAUAUGACAAGAGUCUCAUCGACUCCCAGCAAAUAGCUCGCCUCCUGCGACAACUAGGCCAGUUUGUCAAGCGCUUACGAGUCUCCCCAGAUAAGCUACCAUCUGCGGGUGAACUCGACAUCUUGACGUCAGAGGAUCAAGCUGAGAUCCAGAGCUGGAACUCACAUCCCAUCCCAUCCCAACCCACCCUCAUCCACAAAGAGAUGCUCCAGGCAGCCUCUCUAUCUCCAAGCAAAGUCGCGAUCUGCGCUUGGGACGGAGAAUGGACAUACUCUGAACUCGACAACAUCACCUCUCGUCUAGCAGCGGUCAUCAAGUUCAGCACCCCUGACCAAGAGCACGCGAUACUCCCGAUUUACUUUGAGAAGUCCAAAUGGGUUGUCGCUUCGAUGCUCGCAGUCAUGAAAGCCGGUCAUGCUUUUACUCUCGUUGACCCUAAUGAUCCUCCUGCUAGAGUCGCGCGGGUCGCUGGGCAGACUGGCGCUACUGUUGCGUUGACUUCCAAGCUAUACAGGAGCAAGGUGCAAGGUAUUAUCGAGCGCUGCAUUAUUGUUGACGAUGACCUUGUUCAGUCACUUAUUUGCACUUGCGCCUUGAAGCCAGAGCUUACUCUAGCCAAGGUUACUCCAGAGGACUUGGCCUAUGUGAUCUUCACAUCUGGCAGUACUGGUGAUCCAAAAGGCAUCAUGAUCGAGCAUCGAGCCUUUUCAUCGUGCGCCCUCCAAUUCGGCUCUGCACUUGGUAUCAACAGCGAUACGCGCGCUCUUCAAUUCGGAUCUCAUGCCUUUGGCGCUUGUCUUCUUGAGAUCAUGACGACGUUGAUCCACGGCGGCUGUGUGUGUAUUCCCUCUGAUGACGAUCGCAUGAACAAUGUCCCUGCUUUUAUCAAUCGGGCAAAUGUCAAUUGGAUGAUGGCAACUCCUUCGUACAUGGGCACGUUUCAGCCAGAUGAUGUUCCUGGACUCAAGACUUUGGUGCUUGUUGGCGAACAGAUGUCCCCGUCUGUCAAUGCCAUUUGGGCGCCUCGCGUUCAACUCUUGGAUGGCUACGGCCAGAGCGAGAGCUCUUCGAUCUGCUUCGUCGGCAAGAUUAGUUCAUCAGGCGCUGAUCCAAACAACAUCGGUCACUCAGUCGGCGCGCACUCUUGGAUCAUUGAUCCCAGUGAUCCGAAUCGUUUGGUCCCGAUCGGGGCAAUCGGUGAGCUCGUCAUUGAGAGUCCAGGCAUUGCGCGCGACUACAUUAUUCCUCCACCAACAGAAAAUUCACCAUUCUUUUCAACAGUUCCACCCUGGUAUCCCUUCAAAGAGCUACCCAAUGGAAUCAAGUUCUACAGAACUGGUGAUCUUGCGCGUUAUGCAUCUGAUGGCACUGUUAUUUGUCUUGGUCGCAUGGACUCCCAGGUCAAGAUCAGAGGACAGCGUGUUGAGCUUGGGGCUGUGGAGACUCAUCUCCGACAACAAUUGCCUGACGACAUGUCGAUUGUCGUCGAAGCUGUCAAAUCGUCGGACUCGCCUAUGAGCACUGUUCUCGUUGCCUUCUUGAUCGCUUCUGAAGCAACCGAGUCAAUAGAAGAUGCCACCAUCUUAGAUCUGGCUGCGACUAAGGCCAUGAGUGUGAAACUGGAGCAGGUUCUUCCUCGCCAUUCCAUCCCAUCAUGCUACAUCAGCAUGCAGAAUCUUCCUCGUACCGCGACUGGCAAGGUUGACAGACGAAAGCUCCGCUCUAUCGGUGGCGAUAUGUUGGCCCAGCAGCUCCAAGGAAGCAGCUCCCGCCCAUCUCAAUUCAGCUCUCCAACUACCAGCAGCCAAUCCAAGCUGGAAGAGGUUUGGCGUCAGUGCCUAGGUCUUGAGCCUAGCGCUGCCAACAUUGGAUCAACCUUCUUUGAGCUAGGCGGCCACUCAAUCACAGCCAUCAAGAUGGUCAACAUGGCUCGGUCAGCAGGAAUAGAUCUCAAGGUCUCCGACAUCUAUCAGAACCCCACUCUCGCUGGUCUUGAGGCUGUUGUCAACGGUAGUGCUGAGCCGUACGCCAUUAUCCCAAGGACCACUCGCGACGGGCCUGUCGAGCAGUCUUACUCUCAAGGUCGACUCUGGUUCCUGGAUCAGCUAGAGGUCGGUGCUCUAUGGUACCUUAUCCCCUACGCUGUGCGUAUGCGAGGUUUGGUGGACAUCGAUGCACUAAGUCGGUCGCUGAUGGCCUUGGAGCAGCGCCAUGAGACAUUGAGAACUACAUUUGAAGAUCGCGACGGUGCGGGUGUACAGAUCGUUCACCAGACCCUCUCCAAGAAAUUGAGGGUUGUCGAUGCGCCAGAUAGUGACUACCUCGACCUACUGAAACAAGAGCAGACCACUCCAUUCGAACUCACCUCUGAAGCAGGCUGGAGAGCACUUCUAGUUCGCCUAAGCGACAGAGACUACAUCCUCUCCAUCGUCAUGCACCACAUCGUCUCCGACGGCUGGUCAAUCGACGUUCUCCGUCAUGAUCUCAGCCAACUUUACGCUGCCGCUCUCCAAGGCCGUGAUCUCGCUUCAGCUAUGAACCCUCUCCCCAUCCAGUACAGCGACUUUGCCAUGUGGCAGAAGCAAGAGGCUCAAGCCCUAGAACACGAGAAGCAGCUCGAAUACUGGAAGAAGCAACUUGCUGAUUGUUCGCCGGCCAAGUUACCCACCGACUUCCCUCGUCCGGCUCUUCUAUCAGGCGAAGCAGGCGUCGUGCCAGUCUCUAUCGAUGGACAGCUGUACCAGGAUCUACGUUGUUUCUGCAAUGAGAACAACACCACUUCAUUCGCCGUGCUGUUGGCUGCUUUCCGCGCGGCGCAUUAUCGUCUCACUGGCGUUGACGACGCUGUCAUCGGCACACCCAUCGCCAACCGCAACAGAUGGGAACUAGAAAACAUCAUUGGCUUCUUCGUCAAUACUCAGUGCAUGCGCAUCACCGUUGAUGACCAAGAUAACUUUGGUUCCUUGGUUCGCCAAGUCCGAGCUACUACCACCGCGGCAUUUGAGAACGAAGACGUCCCCUUCGAGCGCGUCGUGUCAACAAUGCUGCCCGGUUCACGAGAUCUUUCCCGAACACCGCUUGCGCAACUCAUCUUUGCGGUUCACUCGCAGAAGGAUCUUGGGAGGUUUGAGCUUCAGGGUCUUGAAUCUGAGGUUGUUGCUAGCAAGGCGUAUACUCGGUUCGAUAUCGAGUUCCACCUUUUCCAAGAGGCUGAUGGUCUCAAGGGAAGUUGUAACUUUGCGACGGAUCUGUUUAGGCCUGAGACUGUUGAGAAUGUGGUGAGCGUGUUCUUCCAGAUUCUCCGGAAUGGUCUUGAGAAACCCAAUGUCCCGAUCUCGGUGCUUCCUCUUACGGAUGGGAUUGAGGAAUUGCGUCGCUUGGAUUUACUCAGAAUCAAGAAGGUUGAGUAUCCAAGAGACGCAAGCUUAGUGGACAUCUUCCGCACACAAGUCGCUGCUUACCCAGACUCUCUGGCCGUCGUGGACUCAUCGUCUCGUCUCACCUAUACGGACUUAGACCGUCAGUCUGAUCGGCUUGCGGCAAGGCUCCGUCGACAGGGCAUGCCAGCUGAGACUUUGGUCGGAGUGUUAGCACCGCGCUCAUGCGAAGCGAUUGUUGCCAUCAUUGGUAUUCUCAAGGCGAACUUGGCUUACCUCCCAUUUGACGUCAAGACUCCCUCUGCUCGCCUGAAAGACAUUCUUUCUUCUAUCCCCGGACAGACGAUAGUGCUUCUGGGCUCAGAUGUCCCUGUUCCGGAGCUUAGCAUACCGGGCUUGGAGUUUGUGCGUAUCGUUGAUGCCAUAGAGUGUUGCGACACAAACAAUCUCAAUGGACAUGCUCAUGUCGACAAUUCAAACCCUACCGCAACAAGCCUCGCGUAUGUCCUCUUCACCUCCGGCUCAACUGGUCGACCUAAGGGUGUCAUGGUAGAGCACCGCGUCAUCGUCCGUCUCAUGACAAGCAACAUCAUCCCCGACUUCCCAGUCCAACCUCGCUCAGCCCACAUGUUCAACAUUGCCUUUGACGGCGCCACCUACGAGAUCUUCUUCACUCUCCUCAACGGCGGAACUUUAGUCUGCAUUGACUACAUGACUACUCUAGACGUCAAAGCGCUUCAAGACGUGUUCCUCAAGGAAAAGAUCAACGCUGCUUGCAUGGCGCCUGCGCUGCUGAAGCUGUAUCUCACUGAUGCGCGCGAUGCGUUGAGGGGACUCGACUUUCUCAUGGCUGCUGGAGAUCGCUUCGAUGGACAAGAUGCGAUUGAGGCGCAGAGUCUUGUACGCGGCCAAUGCUAUAAUGGGUAUGGACCAACAGAGAAUGGUAUCAUGAGCACGAGGUACCCUAUCGCUGUUGGUGACUCGUUCAUCAAUGGUGUUCCUAUCGGGCGAGCUGUCAACAACUCUGGAGCUUACGUCACCGACUUGAACCAGCAGCUUGUCGGUGUUGGUGUCAUGGGAGAACUUGUUGUCACCGGCGAUGGUCUUGCACGAGGAUAUUUCGACCCAGCACUCAACGAGAACCGCUUCAUCCACAUUGAAGUCGAUGGUCAGCGAGUGAGAGCCUAUCGCACUGGCGAUCGCGUGCGGUACAGAGUAGGCUACGGCCUCAUUGAGUUCUUCGGUCGCAUGGACACGCAGUUUAAGAUCCGUGGCAACCGUAUCGAGUCAGCGGAGGUAGAAGCUGCCAUGCUCAGCCACGGCUCUGUCCGCGAUGCUGCUGUCGUCGUGCAGAAGGAUGAUGGUGAGAAAGCAGACUUGGUUGGCUUCGUUGUCAUUGAUCACGAUCAUUCUUUGGAGGGUGACGCGAAUGAUAACCAGGUUGAGGGAUGGCAGGAUCAUUUUGAGACUGAGAUGUAUGCCGAUAUUGGGGACAUCGAUCCUUCUACCAUUGGAAAGGACUUCAAGGGCUGGACGUCUAUGUAUGACGGGAGUGAGAUUGACAAGGUGGAGAUGCAGGAGUGGCUUGAUGACACUAUCAAGACGCUCCGUGAUGGUCAGGCUCCAGGCCAUGUCCUCGAGGUUGGAACAGGUAGCGGCAUGAUCUUGUUCAACCUCGGCGACGGACUACAGAGCUACAGAGGUCUUGAGCCAUCCAAGUCAGCCGCCGCAUUUACCAACAGCGUCAUCAAGUCCGUCCCGUCCCUCGCGAGCAAGGCCGAAGUCCACGUCGGUACAGCCCAGGACGUCAGCCAACUGACUGAUCUUCACCCAGACCUCGUGGUGAUCAACUCAGUCGCGCAGUAUUUCCCUUCACCAGAGUACCUGGCCCAAGUGGCAGAUACCCUGGUCCAUCUCCCCGGUGUCAAGCGGCUGUUCUUUGGCGACAUGCGAACGAACGCUACCAACAAGCACUUCCUUGUUGCCAGGGCUAUCAGGACGCUUGGUGACCACGCGACGAAGGACUCUGUUAGGCAGAAGAUGGCUGAGUUGGAGGAGCGUGAGGAGGAAUUGCUUGUCGAGCCGGUGUUCUUUACAGCACUUCAAGAUCGCUUCCCCGGACUGGUUCAUCAUGUUGAGAUUCUGCCGAAGAACAUGCAUGCUACCAAUGAGCUUAGUGCAUAUCGUUAUGCGGCUGUGGUGCACAUACGCGAUAGCGACUCAGUACCUGUGCAUACAAUUGAGAAGAGUACUUGGGUCGACUUUGGCGCGUCACGCAUGGAUCGCACGUCUCUCUUACAGUUCCUGCGACGUUCGAAGGGGCCAUCUACCGUGGCCAUCAGCAACAUUCCCUUCGCCAAGACCGUCUUCGAACGACUCAUCGUUGAGUCCCUCGAGGCUGAAGAAGAGUCCAAGCUUGAUGGUGCGGCUUGGAUCUCAGCAGUUCGCUCGGAUACUGAGACCCGUGCGUCUCUUUCUGUUCCUGACCUUCACCGACUCGCCGAAGAGGCUGGGUUUCGCUUGGAAGUCAGUGCAGCCCGUCAGUGGUCCCAGAGUGGUGCCCUAGACGCUGUCUUCCACCACCUCCCAUCGCCUUCAGACACUCGACGCACGCUCAUCAAGUUUCCAACCGACAAUCACCUCCGGAGCUCAGCGACCCUUGCCAAUCGUCCGCUACAGGGCCUUCAGAGACGCCGUGCAGCGCUUCAAGUCCGUGAGCGCCUACAGUCCCUGCUUCCAUCGUACAUGAUUCCCUCUAGCAUCGUGGUCUUGGAUCACAUGCCUCUCAAUCCCAAUGGCAAGGUCGACAGGAAGGAGCUUGCACGUCAGGCUCGAAUUAUACCCAAGCAGCAGACUGCACUGCCUGCACAAGCGGUGCCUAUCAGUGACAUCGAGGCGAUACUUUGCGAUGAGGCGACUGCGACAUUUGGGAUGAAGGUUGACAUCUCAGAUGACUUCUUCAAACUCGGCGGACAUUCCCUCUUGGCCACGAAGCUCAUCUCGCGGGUUGAGCAGCGCUUCAAUGUUCGCGUCACUGUCAAAGACGUCUUUGACAACUCCGUCUUUGCCAAUCUUGCAGUAGUUAUUCGUGAAGGACUUGCUUCACGCACCACCUUGACGAAUGGUCAAGACAAGCAAGGCUGGUCAGCCCGUGUCGCUCCUCGGACUGAGACUGAGAUCACCUUGUGUGAUGAGGCUUCCAAGCUUCUUGGAAUUGAAGUUGGUAUUACGGAUAACUUCUUUGAUCUUGGUGGACACUCGAUGAUGGCGACAAAGCUGGCCAUGAGGCUUGGUCGUCGACUGGAUACUACGAUAGUGGUCAAGGAUAUCUUUGACUACCCCGUUUUGUUCCAACUUUCCAAGAAGCUUGAGUCGACUGAUUCGGGGACUGACAAUGAAGAGGUACAGGUUGACGACUAUACCCCGUUCGAGCUUCUCUCACUAGAGAAUCCGCAAGACUUUAUUCAGCGAGAGAUUUGCUCACAGCUCAACGUCUCAUUGGAGUCGGUUCAGGACAUGUACCAAAGCACGCAGAUGCAAAAGUCAUUCCUCUUCAGUCCCGGGACUGGGUCCCCACGACCUCUCACACCCUUCUACAUUGACUUCCCAGUUGACUCAGACCCUCCUACUCUCGUUAAUGCCUGCCAUUCCCUAGUUCAACACAUUGAUAUGUUCAGAACAGUCUUUGUGCUAGCUUCAGAACAGUUAUACCAAGUGGUUCUGAAGCAUCUCGACGUGCCAAUUGAGACGAUUGUCACCAAUCAAAACGUCAACACGGCGACCAACGAUUUCCUGAAUGAGCAUGCACAGGAUCCCAUUCGUCUUGGAGAGUCGUUGAUACGCAUCGCUAUUCUCAAGCAGUCAUCUUCAGUACGGGUACUACUGCGACUGUCGCACGCCUUGUACGACGGUUUGAGUUUGGAGCCUAUUGUGCGUAAUCUGCACAUCCUCUUCAACGGCAUGUCGCUUCUUCCACCAACGCAGUUCAAGCGGUAUAUGGAGUACACUGCCAAUAGUCAAGAGAAGGGUUUUGAGUUCUGGCGUGACGUGAUUGGAGACUCUCCCAUGACUAUCUUGAGCGAUGCGGGCCACGGAGCCUAUCGUCAGGAGAUGUCACCUUCCAAGGCCUUGCACUUGUCAAAGGUCGUCAGCGUUCCAAGUCAAGCGAUCCGCAGCAGCAUCGCCACGCAGGCGACGGUCUUCAAUUCUGCUUGUGCUUUGGUGCUGUCAAAGGAAUCUAGGUCCAGCGAUGUUGUCUUCGGUCGCAUUGUCUCAGGUCGUCAGGGGCUGCCGGUCAGUUGCCAGGACAUCAUCGGCCCUUGCACGAAUGCCGUCCCCGUUCGCGCACACAUUGGCACAGACGAGAAUCAUCACCAGAUGCUUCGCGACAUGCAAGAUCAAUACCUGCGAAGCUUACCAUUCGAGACCCUAGGCUUCGAGGAGAUCAAGCGCAACUGCACAGACUGGCCAGACUCCACUACAAAUUUCGCAUGCUGUGUUACGUAUCAUAACUUUGAGUAUCAUCCCGAGAGUGAAGUGGAACAGCAACGUGUCGAGAUGGGAGUCUUGUCGAAGCAUGUUGAGCUCAGGAAGGAUGAGCCACUGUAUGAUUUGGCGAUAGCGGGAGAGGUCGAGCCUGAUGGGAUGAGCUUGAAGGUUACUAUCAUUGCGAGGGCGCAUUUGUUUGAGGAGGAGAGGGUGCAGUAUUUCUUGGAGGAGGUUUGCAACACGUUUCAGACUUUGAACUUUUCUUUGUAA